AUGCAAUCCGUGAGAGGAGGAGGCGUGAGUCCUUGUUUUGAUAGUUUGCGCUACAGGUUUUGUGCGUCGGGCCGGAAAACAUGGAACGAGAGCAGAAGCAUUUGCAAGGCUGACGGCGGUGAUUUAAUUUCCAUUGAAACCGAAGAAGAAUUCGACCUUAUUAUUGAUAAGAUUGAAAACAAUAAUGAACAAAAAUGGCACAUCGGUUUGGCAAAGGAGUAUCUUUCAAAAUUUGGUGGAAUAGAUAUCACCAGAAGGACUUCCAUACAGGAGGCUGUAACUGUGUUUGAAGAUUUCACCUUAAAAAUCAAGAACGCCACAAAAGACAAGGCGGGCAUAGAAGUGGUUAAGACACUGAAAAACUCCCUCUUCAAGGUGGCAGAGGCAGUCGAGAAAUUUGCUCUUAAUUAUAGCAAGCGACACCUGAGUGGAAUGAGGCCUUCAGAAAGGAUCGUUUUCCCAAAAAUGGUUUUGGCCAUUCAAAAAGCCUAUCGCCAUAAUGCAAGUGGCUUCCACUUUGAGAUACAACAAUGGCAAGUGAAAAUCGAUAUCGCUUCCUCAAAUUUUGAGGAAAAUGGAUCAUUGGUAGUUGCGUUUGUGUACAAGGAUCUGCAUGAGUUACUUCUGACAGAUCGAGCCAUCAGCAGUGAAACAGACAACAAAAGGUUUAUCAACUCCAGGAUAAUGGCAGUAACUAUGGACCCCAAGCCAGAGAAAUUGCGAGAAAAUGUGAUCCUAAAGUUCAAAAACCUUAAGGUCUUGACAGCAGAGAAGCGCUGUAUGUUUUGGAGUGACAUUAGCAAAAGCUUUUCAGAGGAAGGAUGCCAUGUAGUUACAUCAGAAAGCAACUCAGAAGAAACAGUUUGCAACUGCAAUCAUUUGACGCAUUUUACCGUCUUAAUGGACUACGACGGUAGCACAAAGCUCACCGAGGAGGACGAAACAAUUCUGAAAAUUAUCACCUACGUGGGACUGAGCCUUUCCAUUGUCGGGAUACUUUUAACAUUAAUAAUUUAUUCUUGCCUCACAGAUGUUCGUCAACCUCUCUCUCAAAUUCGACUGAGUGUUUCCAUGUCACUUGGAGCUGGACAGAUCAUCUUCCUCGCCGGAAUAAACGCCACAGAAAACAAAGCUGCCUGUGUUACAAUAGCAGCUCUGAUGCAGUAUUUCUUCAUGGCCGCUUUCUGUUGGAUGCUGAUCGAGGGAAUUUAUCUCUACUUUUUUGUUGUGAAAGUUUACAACAUUAACACCAAGAUGUACAUGUAUCACGUCAUCUCAUGGGGUCUUCCAGUGAUCAUGGUGGCCAUUUCACUCGGCAUCGCUGCUGGAAAAGAGGGGUUACAAAGCUAUACGAGUGAUAAAUAUUGCUGGCUUUCCUCGACUAACAACCUGAUCUGGACAUUCGUCGCCUUUGUGGCUUUCAUUGAAGUUCUCAAUAUCUUGAUACUCGUACGAGUCAUUAAAGAGAUGACCAAUUUGUUGCAGCCUACAGGGGAAGACGACCAUUCUCAGCAAAUACGGACUGGCAUCAAAGCAUGCGUGGUGAUGAUUCCCCUGCUGGGUGUCACGUGGGUAUUCGGUCUCCUCUCACCUGUACAUAAAGCGUUCGCUUACAUGUUUACCCUACUCAACUCUGCUCAGGGUUUCCUGUUUUUCGCUCUACACUGUAUGCGAAACACUCAGAUCAGAGAGCGAUUCAAAAGAAAGAUAAAUAUCGUUUUUCCAUCUUCUAUAAGGGACAACACCACAAGGAAGAGCUCACAGGCCAAUCCAACUGCAGUUGUGGAUGUAUGGGCAGUUGAAUUGCAGUCUUGUGCUGAAUUUGAAUCGAAAUCACACUAA